ACGUGAUUACAAGUCAUCUGUGACUCGAAGCCCGAAUCAAGUAUUUGGUUAUCUGAGAAAAUCGUGAGUAAUCUUUUAUGCAAAAUACUUCAAAAAAGAACAUCAAUACAUAUAUCUGUUCGUGUGGGAAUAAGUUACUAAUUGUUUUAAUUAUUAUUGCACAAAAUGACAUCUCUUCUCAACGAGGGAGACGAAGUUCUCGUUAUAUUGGGAAAUGAAGCAUCUUUUCCUCAUGAUACGACAAAAUUUAAUUCUGCGAUCAAGCAACGUACCGGACAACUUGGCAAGAUGCAUGUCACAAAUUUGUUGGAUCUAAAAAAGAAAAAUUACAAUGCUUCUGUUUUUGAUGCCAUUAUUGCCAUUUUUACACAACCAUGCCCAAACGACGGAGGGUUCUUGACAGAAGCAUUGAAAAUUUUGAAACCUAAUGGUUCACUUGUCAUUUAUGAACCAUUACCGGCAGAGAAAAAAUCAGAUACACAACUUACCUAUGCUGAAAGAAUAUCUACGUUAAAGUUAUCUGGCUUUCUAGUAAAAAAUAUAGAACGACAGAGCCUGGACAAGGAUUUAGAGGAUGAAAAGCUUUUGCUGGAAAUAUAUAACAAUGCAGAGGAUAUUUGUAAAGUAUUGGCAAAUAAACCAUCAUUUGAGGUGGGUUCCAGUAUUCCUUUAUCAUUCAUAGGAGAAAAAAGUAAUGUAUGGAAGCUUGAUGAUGAUUUGAUAGAUGAAGAUGAACUUUUAGAUGAGUCAGAUCUUGUGAAGCCAGAUGCAUCAUCUUUAAGAGUCUGUUCGACAACAGGCAAGCGAAAAGCAUGUAAGGAUUGUACAUGUGGACUUGCAGAAGAGUUAAAUAAUAAAACUGUACAGGAAAGCACUGUUAAAUCCUCUUGUGGAAGUUGUUAUCUUGGAGAUGCAUUUAGAUGUGCCACUUGUCCUUAUCUUGGAAUGCCAGCCUUUAAACCUGGAGAGAAAGUAGUUUUGCCUGACACUCAGUUAACUAUUGAUUCUUAAGUAUUUUUUUUCAUGAAUAUUAUAAUAGCAAUAAAUGUUUAUCUCAAUUCAGGGAAAUAAUUGUACUGUUUUCA